AUGAUGUGUAUACAUAUAAUGCAUGUAUUUCGCACAUCUUCUUUCUCUUUCUUUUCCUCUUCAGCGAUUAGCUACAACUACAACUACAACUACAACUACAACUACAACUACAACUACAGCUACAACUACAGCUACAACUACAGCUACAGCUACAACUUCAACUAUACUACUACUAUAAUUAUUAUUACUAUUAUCUUCUACUACACUAUAUACUAUCUUCUACUAUUCACUCUUCACACUGUCAUCACCCCUCACAAGUAA